UCUGCCGACAAUACAGUGCUCCUCCUCUUUAUAUACGCACAACCGCGGCUGCGCAUACACUCUCUCGAAUAUCUCUCCUUGCCUUCACUGCCUCUCUACUCUGUCUAAGUCUACAAGAAUACACAGAAGGAAAUACUUGGUAGCUACUUUCACUCGUGAUUUUGGCCGAUUUAGAGUUGGUUUUCGAAGAUGGUGAAGUUGAAGAAAAGAUAGAUUAAGGCAUUAUUUCAGCACUUGGAGGAGUCAUUUGGAGUUUCUGGAGUAGGAUUUGCCGUGCUAAGUGAAGUACGAAGGGGGAGAUCAAGGUUGACUCUGUUCAUAUAUUACUGGUGACGGAUAUUUAUUCGAACUAUUUGGACGCUUAAUUGCAUUUGCAAGCACAUCCAUAUUGGACCUAAGGUUAUGGGUGAAGUGCCAGUGCUUUUGCAGGGGCCCCAUGACGCCGGGCACCGUUGCCACCUAUUUUUGAAACCAAAUACUAAGCAUGACUAUCGGCCUUUCAGACUUCGAACCAUAAAAAAAACAUGGCCAAUACACAAUCAUUUCCUUGCUCACCUUGACGCUUAUGGACUACAAGGUUUUGCUAGGCUCACAUCAUGCGACGACCAAGUACGUUCGGACCCAUCCCUUUUGACAUCCCUCGUUGACCGGUGGAGACCUGAAACCCACACCUUUCACUUUCGUUUUGGGGAGCUUGCACCUACACUGAAAGAUGUUUCUAUGAUCACUGCUCUACCAAUUAGAGGUGAGCCGAUAGUCUCUCCACGAGUGUCUCCAUCUUGGGCAUUAGAUAUAGCAGCCCGUCUUGGGAUGGAAAUGCCAGAAUCACAACGUUCUGGUAACCCUCGGGGCAUCCCACUCGUCUGGCUUCGUGAUAACUUUCUUAAUUUAUCUAGCUUCGCCAAUGAGGAGACGAGAAAAAGACAUCUGUUUGCAUAUUUGUUGUGGCUCCUCGGGAAUCUAUUUCCAAAUUCACAUGGGGACGUUGUUGUCCCUGGUCUCAUCUACAUUGCAGAGAAUAUGGUAGAUGAACCUUUACCCGAGCAGCCAAAAUACAGCUUCGGUUCUGCCAUGCUAUCUCAUACAUACAGAGGCUUGUGUGAUGCCACGCAAAAAACCUCUUUCGCACAAAAAGCUCCAUUACUUUGUGUCGCCUAUGAGUUUCUACAGUUGUGGUCCUGGGAAUACCUCCCUGUAGGACGACCUCGUAUAGUACAACCCAUAUACCCAUAUGACUUUGGCGAGGGUGCUAGCGCAACUAUGGCCACCAGGUGGACAAAGGCACGGAAACGUUGGUCUCCAGAUAUUGCGAAAAAUUGUUACCCUAUGUACCACCAGCAGUUUGAGAUACUUGAUGAGGCAGAAGUCACAUGGAACCCGUGGACUCAGGACCAGCUAAAAAUGGUCUUUGAUGCUCGACACUUCACACCAGGCAUGUUGACCGAUAGUGCAUUCUGGCUGACUCGCUGCAACUUAUUGUUCCUGUGGUGUGUUGAACCUUACAACCCAGAGCGUGUAAUGAGACAGUUCGGUCUCUAUCAAGAAAUUCCACCACCUUUUCCCAGACGUAUCGAUGAGGAAACACAUAAGCUAACCAAUAUGGGCAGGGGUUGGAGUUUAUACGAUUGGAGGGAAGAGAACAGUGAAUGGGUACACAAGUGGACAAAUGAAGCGCUAGCAGAUAUAGUGCGUCAACUUAGGCCGUACGAUGGAAGUACAGAUCAAGCGUACAAGCAGUGGUACUGCAUGAACACACGUGCUAGCCUGGCCAGUCAGCCAGCUACUAUACCAACACAUCUCACACAAGAGGAGCAGGCGCGGAGACAUGUUGAGCUGCAUGCAGCUUACUAUCGUGACCACCUGGACACACCUGAUGUUAAUUGGGGCGAUGAGAACACCCAACGCGGCGUCAACACAGGCCUCCGAGGAGCAUCACAUGAUCAUGGCGUCAACACAGGCCUCCGGGGAGCAUCACAUGAUCUUGGCGACACGGUUACAUCAUUAGUUACAGAGUUCUUCGGAGGGGAUGUUAUUGGCCCAUCUUUUAUCCCCCGGAGUCACAACCAUACGCCUACAAUUACGCUUCAGGUUCGCAACAAGGAUUCGCGACUCCACCACCUACGCAGGACUCGCAGACACAUGAAGCCGAAGUGGAGUACGGCCGCGGUCUUCGUGUGACCCGGUCACCUAAUC